UUCUCUCUCUCUCUCUCUCUCCCUUUCCUCUUCCCGAUUAAAUUUAAGAAGAGAUUCCUUCACGGGAUUUUCCCUUCCCUUUUGGCCCCCUCCCUUCCCCCGUUUCUUGCGGAAGUAGUCAAAGCACAAGAGUAGUAGUAAUGGCGGGCAAAGCACGAAAGGCCCAUCUCGGCUCUCACCUGCCCCUCCUGGCCCCCGCCAUGAAGGACUUCGCCUCCUGCUUCAGCGACCACGCCGUCCGAGUCUCCGACGUCGCCUGCUCCGGAGCCAGCAGCACCGGCGCCUCCGCCGCGCUCGUCGAGGCCAGGUCCGUCCGGAGCGCCGUCACCGCGCUCUACCGCGCCCGGCUCUCCACGCGGAAGGAGGUGCUCGUCGCCGUGGCCUGGUGCAGGGGCCACGACGGCGCCGCCCUCUCCGUCGGGGUCGGCGCCGCGCCGCGCCACGCCCUCCGCAAGAAGAAGGGGGGCCGAACGCUCGCCGCCGGAGAGCGCCACGUCGACGUCUUCUGGGACCUCUCCGCCGCCAAGUACGGGGCGGGGCCCGAGCCCACGGGAGACUUCUACCUGGCGGUCCUCGUCGACCAGGAGUUCGCGCUCCUGCUCGGGGAUUCGUGCGGGGACUUCGUGAAGACGUUCGACGGCGGGACCCGCCCCGCCGCCGAGUUCGCGAUGGUGAGCCGGAGGGAGAAGGUGGUGGGCCCCGCCGCCUACUCGACCAGGGCCCGGUUCCGCGGGGACGGGAGGGAGCACGAGAUCACGAUCACCUGCAGGGGAGCGGGAGAGGCGGCGUCGUCGGAUGCGGAUGCGGAUGCGGGUGCGGGUGCGGGUGCGAAGGAGUCGGAGCUCGCGGUGUGCGUGGACAAGAAGAGGGUGGUGUGCGUGAAGAGGCUCAGGUGGAACUUCCGCGGGAACCAGACGAUAUUCGUGGAGGGGUCUCCGGUGGACAUGAUGUGGGACGUGCACGACUGGUGGUUCGGCGGCGAAAAAUCCUCCGCCGACCCCUCGGGCCAAGCCGUGUUCAUGUUCCGCACCAGGAGCGCGCUGGACAGCCGCCUCUGGCUCGAGGACGACGACGACCACGACGACGACCACGACGAGGCGCUCUCCAAGGACAAGGAGCAGCGCUGCUCCGGAUUCUCUCUUCUAAUCCAAGCUUUCAAGUCCCCCUGAACCUGAACAACAACAUCACCCCACCCUGCUUAUUGGUUUGCUCUCGCUCUCUUUUCUAGCUCCUUUUUUGGUUUUGUGCUAGGAAAACAGACAAUGAAUAACAUAAUAAUAUUUUCUAGGUUGGUUUGGUUUGGUUUGGUUUGGUUUGUGGAGGAACGAUAAGUUGCGGAGAGGAUGCUAAUCGAUCUGAGAGUUGCACAAUCACUGUGGAUAGAAGAGAUUUUUAUCUUCCUUCUGUUGAUACUCUUUUUCUUUUCUUUUUUUUCUUUUUUGGGUUAAAUUUGGAGAGGUUCUUUAUUAUUAUUUGUUUUUUUUACUCGUGUAGGAAGUACAUUUCUUCAAUGUUUUGUGUUGCUAAUUACGAUUUAUUGUAAGUGUUGAUUGUCGAUCUAAAAACGCAUCACAGUUUGGAAUGCGGCCCAUAUUUUUGCCUCUCUUCUUUUAUCUCUUUUUCUUUGGAGCAAUAAAAUUUUCGAAUUAUUCUUUUGUCGCGCA